UAAAAACAUAACCUUAGGGUAGAGUCUGGGAAACUCACCGAGUCACGAAGCCUCUCUGAUCUCUGACAAGUCUUUCUUGUCGGCCUGCCACUGCCUAGAACCAGCAGCAGCUCCGCUCCCUGAGGCUGAUGUGUGACAGUGCCCCUGUUGGGAUCCGGGGGACUCGGAGCACCCGCUGCAGCAUCAACCACCUCAUCCUCCGAGGGGGCACUCAGAUCACCUUCUCUGUCACCUUUGAUGUCUCUCCGAAAGCUGUGCUGGGAGACUGGCUGCUUGUGACCGCCAACGUGAGCAGUGAGAAUAACACCCCCAGGACCAGCAAGACCACCUUCCAGCGGGAGCUCCCGGUGAAGUACGCCGUCUACACUGUGAUCAGCAGGUGCCCCAAGGGUUAUGUUCUCCCGCACUCUAACUGGGUGAAGUGGGUGUUCUCACCUCACGCAGCAGUUGGAAUACCUGGGUUAUUUUAG